AUGAGUAGUGUAGUAGAGGAUCAAAAUGAGAAAAGUUUGUCCAUUGAAGACCCACUUUUAGAGCGUCUGCGGGUGAAACAUGAGCAGCUUCGUCUUUCUCACCUUAAACAGUUGCAAAAAUCUUUAGAUGAAGAACAUUCCAUGACGUAUGCGAAAAUGAAUAAACUUCCUGUAUCUUUGGAACUAGUUUCAGAUGAGAUAACAGUUGCGCUGAAUGAAAUUGGCGCACGAUGUGAAGAAUACCAUGUACCCCAAAUAGGACAACUUCUCAAAGAUGUUCGAGCCAUGAUGAAUCGACAGUUAAGAGAGGCAUAUUCACACUUAGAGGAAGGCUAUAAGUCUGCCUUCCACAAACUGAAUGAAGAGGCAAUGGAAGCACGGCGAAAGCGGGAGUUAGAAGAACAAAAAGAGCAAGAUCGACAGCAACGACUACAACAACAAGAGAAAAAGAAAGAUAAUGAAACAUUAACAGAGUCUACGAUACAACAUCAUUUAAAAACAGAUCUGGAUUCAUUUAUUGAAAGACGAAGUCAAAGUACAUCUAAUAUUAAAAGUCAGAAAAAAACUACGGCGCCAAAAGUAUUUUCCGUACGAGAAGCUUUUUCAGUUACGACAAGUUUUUUUGCAGAGAUGUUAGCAGUUUUAUUACGAUGUGAAGUAGUACGUAUCUAUCUUUAUGACGAAUAUGAGAAUUUAGUUCCCUCUGCUCGAUUCCCUCUCAGUGCCAAAAAAGGAGAUCCAAUGGCAGGAACAGAUUUAGAAUUGAUGCUAGCGAAUGAAGUACAUCGUACAGUUUGUCGUAAGUGUAUAGCGGUAAAUGGAAAAGAGGCACAACAUGUUACAAUAAGUGAAAGAGAUCGUGAAGUAAUGGAAGAGGAACUUAGACAAAGUGGUUGGAAGUCUAUGACUAGUUGUCUUAUUUUUCCUAUCUUGUCAAAUGAAGGAUUUGGACGUUCAUAUGGAAUGAUUCAUGCGGUAAAUAAGCAAGGUAUUUCUUAUGAACAACCUGGUGUUUUUGAUGAGAAUGAUGAAGUACUUAUGUCUGUGGCGACACGACUCUUAGGUGCUUUGUUAACUCGUUAUCCUGUAAAAUAUUUUAUGUUACCUGUUGGAAAUCUUAUACAAAAUUAUGUUGAUCCACAACUAUCGAAAAAUGUAGACGGAGUUCAUCUUCCAUCACUUAUAGUGGAUGAAGUAGAGGCCGCUGCGGAAGUUGGAAAUAAAGCUAUUCAAAUGUGUACCCCUAUAUUGGUAUAUCGUGCUCCUAUAAAUGCUAUUUAUCAGUCACGUACACUUCGAAAGAAAACUCGUAAACUUGAAGUACUUAAUAUGAUAGACAAAGGUUUGUCUACUGUUGAGUUUAACCUAGUAGCACUUGAGGAACUUUGGAAAACAGGUCAUGAGGAGAAUACAGUAUUAUACAAACAUUGUCAACAACUUAACGAACAAGUUAAUACUCUACAAAUACUACUUCGAAAUGUUUUAGAUGGUAUAGGUGCCUCACGUACUAUAAGUAAUACAAUGGAACUAUCCAACUAUUUACAAAUGCUAGAACUUUACUCUCGUCAAGAAAAUAUUCCAAUGAUUAUGGAUCUUAUUUCUCAAGUAUUACUUAAAGCGAGAGUUCAAGAUCAAAUUCCACUUGAAUCUCAAACUAUUACAACAAAACGU